AUUUGCGCACCAUGUGCUUUGUGUCAUAUCCGGGGGAGAAAACUCUGCUCUAAUAGCUGCUAGCUGCCAGUUUAAGGUGUAGAUAUUAAAUAACUCUUUUUGUGAGCGGUUUAUCUAACCAGCGGUUCAUGCAAGGGUAUAUUGAUUGUCACUGUCAUAUCUCUGCUGGAGAUUUUGAUGACGUAAGAUGUUGAUCAGUACUUUUGUUUACUCUACUUUACAACACUCCUAAAUCUGAACCUGUCUUUAUCCUUAUUUCCCCACAAAAGGACAUCGAUGAUGUUAUUGCUCAGGCAAAAAAAGUCAGGAGUUCUGGCUCUUCUUGCGGUGGCAGAACACGCUGAUGAGUUUGAGAAAAUCAUUCAGCUGUCACACAGGUUUCCUGGUUUUGUGAUGCCUUGCCUUGGAGUUCACCCUGUUCAAGGCCAAGACCCAGACCACCCCAGAGGGGCGUUACUAGAGGAUCUAGAUUCAGCCUUACCAUUAAUUGAAAAAUUUAAAGAGCACAUUGUGGCUAUUGGUGAGGUUGGCCUUGACUUCACACCUCGGGUGGUUAACAGUGAUGCAGGGAAAGAAAGCCAGAGACAAGUGCUCAUUCGUCAAGCAGAGAUCGCAAAGCAGCUAAAUCUACCUCUGAAUGUUCACUCCAGAUCUGCUGGAAGACCUACCAUUCAUCUUUUAAAGGAACUAGGUGUAGAAAAUGUCCUUCUUCAUGCUUUUGAUGGAAAACCCUCAGUUGCAAUGGAGGGUGUCCGUGCAGGAUAUUUUUUUUCUAUACCGCCAUCAAUUGUAAGAAGUGAACAGAAGCAGAAACUGGUGAAACAGUUGCCGCUGGAGAAUAUGUGUCUGGAGACAGAUUCACCAGCUCUUGGACCAGAGAAACAGGUGAGAAAUGAGCCGAAGAAUAUCGCUGUCAGUGCAGAGUACAUUGCUAAAACCAAAGGAAUUCCGUUGGAAAAGGUCAUGGAAAUCACUACACAAAAUGCCCUUCGUCUCUUCCCAAAGUUGAAGACAUUAAUCAAAAUGUGACCUUGAUACAAUAACAAUAACAGUACAGUCUGCAAAACAUCUUGUAUUUAAACAGUGUAAACCACAUGGGGCUAUAUUGGAAAUUUCAAGCUUUAUAUAUGGAUUAAUUUUACUGUAUGGAGCUUCACCUUACAGCAGGACAGUGACUUGAACUGCCUGACUGAAGCAACUGUGGAGAUUUCAGGACAGAACAUUGAAUGUGCUGGAGAGAAUUAUUGAACUGAAAUCAUUCAGCAUCUAGCAAUAUUUACGGAUCAAUUGACUUAGGUUUGUCUAAAUUCUCUUGGUCUCCUCAAAUAGGAAGUGUGUUUGCACUGGAUGGUUGCUUCCUGUAUGGUACAUAUAUUAAACAUUUCCUCAUAUUAAAUCAGGCAUUGCAGAUUUUAGCAUUAUUAUAAUCACUCAUCAAACCUAAUGUGCUGAAGGGGAAGAAAUCAUGUACAAUGUUCACAUUUAUGAUCUGACAGCAUCGAUUUAGUUGCAGUUUUCCAGACAGGGACUAAGCCUAGUCCUGGACUACACAUCCCAAUUCAAUUGAGAAUUUCCAUUCAUAUUGCUGUAUGGUCAAUGAACAGGCUUAAGCCUUGUUCAGGAAACCAACACCACUAGCUUCAGAAGAACACAAAUAUUAAAAGUGGAUGUGGCUUCAAUAGAAUUUCUCCAAGUAUGUAUGUGUUUCUCUCUGUAAAUAAACCAGACUACAUCAUUUAAAGAUAAAAUAAAGCCUCGUGAAUAACAA